CACGACAUCCACGCCAACUGACUUCCGCCUGAAGGAGUCUCUGAUACGCUACGUGACGAUAGGUGGGUUUUUCAUUCUUGUAGUCUUUUUCUUCCUCCUUUUUCUGGUGGGGUUAUCGGUAUUACCCCACCCUUUUGGGUUAGGGGGGUUAUCUUUAAUUCUAUCGACGCAUGGGAUUAUUAGUGGUGGACGCUCUGGCCUUGAGCUGACUGGGCCCUAGUGAACGAUUGAAAUAAUACAUUAUGGCUGUCGGCAAGAACAAGAGACUUUCCAAAGGAAAGAAAGGUCUUAAGAAGAAGGUCCAGGAUCCCUUCACCCGCAAGGAUUGGUACAGCGUUAAGGUGAGCUACCUCAUUUCUCCAUAUCAGAGUGCCUUUUCACAAUACUUAUUUUUUUAGGCACCUUCGACCUUCGCUUCCAGAGAGUGAGAUACACCCCCUUUACUUUUAAAUUCGGCUUGAUAUUACACGAAUUGUAUUGCAGGAAGAAGAUGAGGGCUUGUGGCUGACUGGAUGUCGUGGAUAUGCAGUGUUGGAAAGACCCUUGUCAACCGCACCACUGGUCUCAAGAAUGCCAACGACGCCCUCAAGGGCCGGAUUUUCGAGGUUUCUCUUGCCGAUCUCCAGAAGGAUGAGGAGCACGCUUUCCGCAAGGUCAAACUCCGGGUAGAUGAAGUCCAGGGAAAGAAUUGUCUCACAAACUUCCACGGUCUCGACUUCACUUCCGACAAGCUUCGCUCGCUUGUCCGCAAGUGGCAAACCCUGAUCGAGGCCAACAUCACUAUCAAGACAACCGACGACUACCUUCUCCGCCUGUUCGCCAUCGGCUUCACCAAGAAGCGACAAAACCAGAUUAAGAAGACCACCUAUGCCCAGUCUUCGCAGAUCCGUGAAAUCCGCAAGAAGAUGGUUGAGAUCAUUCAGCGUGAGGCAGCGAGUUGCUCUCUGUCGGGGCUGACCCAGAAGCUCAUCCCGGAGGUUAUUGGACGUGAGAUCGAGAAGGCGACCACCGCAAUCUAUCCUCUCCAGAAUGUUUGUACAUGCCACAUCCCGCCCCGCUGCCGCUUCUCGGUCAUAUGCAAACACACAUAUAUAUGCUAAUAAUUACUUUCCGCAGGUUCACAUCCGCAAAGUAAAGCUCUUGAAGUCGCCUAAAUUCGAUCUCGGUGCCUUGCUGAAUCUGCAUGGGGAGUCAACAGCGGAUGAGUCUGGCCAGAAGGUGGAACGUGAAUUUAAGGAGCAAGUUUUGGAGACUGUGUAAAGGGGCGAGGGUGGGGUGAAAAGUAUACAGAACAAAAAGCGGUUAACCUGAAUUCACAAAAAUCAAAAUUUCGGACACAAGCGGCGAAAUUUUGAAGUCUAAUUUCCUAUUCCUUGUUUCAUAUUUCUCUUCUUGCCUUGGGACCAAAAUCUUCUUGGACGGAUCAAGGCCCAAUCCGAUUCGGGGGGUGGGUUUAGUUCUUUAGCACGGUGUACGGGAUACAAUCAUACUUGAACCAUACGCUUUCCUUGCGGCACAAAAUUGUGAUGAUGAGGACGAUGAUUAUAUAUAAAAUGCAUUAUAGAAGCAUCGCAACUUGAUGGAAUGGAUACAUGUCUUGAUAUCCCUCUGUUGCCCUAUCGACACUAGAUCCUCAGAUGGAAUACCAUCAUGAUGGGCCAUCAGCGGCCAGGCUAUGGCAGCCUAGGGUACUCUGCUUUACUAUGCCCGUAGGGUGCCACAGUGUUCUCGCAUAUAUAUAUUGUUGCUUUUCCCACUCCUCGCGGCGAAGAUAAUUCCUUUUGUCCGGCCCUUCGCCCUGCAGAAGUGAUGAAGUCUAUUAUACUCACAAAGCCGGGCCUCGAACGGUCCGUCAAACUCCACUUCACGUCCAUUCAUAUCCGUCGGUUAUAUUAUUACGUUUCCAUAAUAUUGUUUGAUAAUUUGUUUUUUCUCCACCAUAGCCUUUCCUUUUUCUUUUCGUUUCCCUCUCUUCCGGGCCCCUUCUGGUCCCGUGUUCGAGGGAUUUGCUAGUAGUGUAUGAUGCCAUGCCGACGAGGCAAGGCAAGGUAAGGCAAGGUAUGAUACUGGUAUUAUGAAAAGGCGAGCGGGGAGGCGGGCGCCUACCGCAACGUGGGGUGCUAUUACAGGAGGCUGGACCGAGAGCCACGGCACGUAGACCACCGUAGCUGUAUAGCAAGCCUUGGGCGGUGAUACUGGUAUUGGUCAGUGCUCCUCUCCAGUCUUUUUUUUUUCCUUUUUCAAAUGUUUGGCAUGUCUGUUUGUUUGUCUGUUUGUCCGCCCACUGGUUGUUACGGGUAGGAUAUGAUAUGACGCUGCGAGGUUCUACAGGGAUGGCAUCCCGCUGUGCCAGGUGCGGUUCGGUGUGAUUGAGUGCAUUCCCACUUUCCGAGUGAGAGUCCUUGAUAAUGUAUAUCAAGUGUUCUCAAUUUGAGUUGUGAUGGACGGGCGAAGGAACCCUGCACUUCCGACACCGUUCAACUUGGCGGUUUAUAUCAAUGGCGGCGUUUAGUGAUGACGGAUAGCCGUGUGAUUGAUUCUAUCGUCAUCACCUUUCUUUCUUUCCCCCCCCGCUUCUUGAAGCGAGAGCUCCUCCCUUCCCCCCUUUCCGCUUCUACAGUAGAGCUUAAAGUUGAUCUAUCUAUAUAUCUAGGCGACUAUCAUGGUAUUAUACGUAUCAUAUAUCAGUAUUCGAUGUGCGGUAUGAUAUAAUACUGCCAACAGCGCGGCAGCACAUGUAAACGGUAAGGGAGCCGAGGGGUACGACGGCUAUUGCGCGAUUGCGGAUCAUGAUCUCGCGUUGGUGGUGGUGUGGGUUUGGGGCCUUGACCCAUGGUACUGUACUGUGGGUCUUUGGAGAAGGUCAAGAGUGGGAUUGGGUGUGGUUGGGUGUGGUUGGGUCAGAGGGGAAGUAUGGGACCUUUCUCUCUUCUUUUUUUUUUUUUUUUUUGAUAUCGUAUGGUGGCUAUGUAUGUGAUGUUCUGCCUGGUGUGCGUUGUUGCUAAUGGGAGGUUUCCUCUUCAAGUGCACUAUGGCUGGUGAGGGUAUAAUAUUGUUGUGGUGUUAAGGUAUCGUAUCAUACUUGCACUGUGCCGAGGUGUAUCAUAACUGUACAGUACUGCGGACGCAAGCUGCUCCGCCGUGCCCUGAUCAUCGGAUGUUCAAGUAUUUUGAGCCUUUCCGUACCACUGCACGGUGCAUAUGAUAGUACGAGUACAGCGACGGGUUCCUACCGGCACGAUAUAUCAUCGGGCUCGGAUUGUUUCUCUACGAUCGCGGGCAGGGAUGUGCAGCGUCAUAUCGAUUGUUUGACAGCUGCAGGGACUACCGGUACUGGAGGGUACUAGUGUAUCGUAUUACUAAGAUGUUACUAAACCUCUGUUUCGACCCGUGUUUCCUCCCAGCCAACCCCAACGCGGGCCCGAACGAAGAGAAGGAACGGGCUGUGGGUCAUCCAUACCGCGGUCUAUAUCAUA